AUGUUGGGUUUACUUCUAGAACCCAACUUCAAGGAGAUCCAAGAACAUGGGAAUGAAAGGUUUGGGAUGACUUCUGAAGAGGUCAUUCAGGAGUGCAAGCUGUUCUUUUUUGCUGGACAUGAGACAACUGCAAUCUUGCUUGUGUGGACGCUAAUUUUGUUGAGCAAGCAUUCAGACUGGCAAGCUCGUGCUAGGGAUGGGAUUCUUCAGGUCUUUGGCAACAAUAUACCGGAUUUUGAAGAUUUAAAUUGGCUGAAAAUUGUGACUAUGAUCCUUAAUGAGGUUCCAAGACUAUAUACGCCAGGAGUUAUGAUUUCCCGGAGGGAAUUCAACCCGGAGAGAUUUAGCGAGGGAGUUGCAAAGGCUACUAAGGGCCAGCCGUGUUUUGUGCCAUUUGGUGGGGGACCUCGGAUGUGCAUUGGGCAAAACUUUGCUCUGCUUGAAGCAAAAAUGGCAUUAGCUUUAAUUUUACAGCGCUUUUCCUUUGAGCUUUCUCCAUUGUAUACGCAUGCCCUAUACUUGUUUCUUACCCUGCUUCAUCCUCAGUAUGGUACUCAGUUGAUUAUGAAGAAACUGUAA